UUCUAUUAACUGCUACAUUAGAUGCUACCUCCAUGCCAAAAGGCUAUGUGGAAUGGCUUCAGGAAAAUGGUUUUACUGGGAGUAAUUGAUAGUUUCAAGAAUCUAAAUAGUCUCCUUUGUCUCAUCUACUGUGGUCCUGAGAGAUGACAUUAGAGCUCUUUGGCCAAGCAUAGCUGUUAUUUCAUUUGUGGCCUUUCUGUUAGCUUGAACUAGUCUGUCCAUUCUCCUCUGAUCUCUCAUUAACAAGGUGUUUUUUGUUUAUCACACCAUUCUCUGUAAACUCUAGAGGCUGUACUGCAUGAAAAUCACAGGAGGGCAGCUGUUUCUGUGAUGCUGGAACCACCACAUCUGGCACCAUCCAUCUGGCACAGUCAAAGUCGCUUAGAUCACACAUUUUGCCCAUUCUAAUAGGCUAAUCUGGGUUGGAAGCCACUUGUGGUCCAGUCUGGUCAGGUGUGUUCCUGUCUCCUUAGAUAGGGGGCGCUGUUUUCUAAAAUGAGUCUCUCAGUGGAGCAGAGACCAAAGGAGGAACCCUCAGCACUGAGAGGAAGAGGGUCCAGGUAGAAAGAGCAUGGUCACCAGUACCCAGCUGUCUGUCUAUGAAGAGUGAUCGUUCAAUGGAACAUCCAAUCAAGUUCAGAGGAGAGUUCACAGAUGAUCAAAGGGUCCAGGUAGAAAGAGCAGGGUCACCAGUACCCAGCUGUCUGUCUAUGAAGAGUGAUCGUUCAAUGGAACAUCCAAUCAAGUUCAGAGGAGAGUUCACAGAUGAUCAAAGGGUCCAGGUAGAAAGAGCAGGGUCACCAGUACCCAGCUGUCUGUCUAUGAAGAGUGAUCAUUCAAUGGAACAUCCAAUCAAGUUCAGAGGAGAGUUCACAGAUGAUCAAAGGGUCCAGGUAGAAAGAGCAGGGUCACCAGUACCCAGCUGUCUGUCUAUGAAGAGUGAUCGUUCAAUGGAACAUCCAAUCAAGUUCAGAGGAGAGUUCACAGAUGAUCAAAGGGUCCAGGUAGAAAGAGCAGGGUCACCAGUACCCAGCUGUCUGUCUAUGAAGAGUGAUCGUUCAAUGGAACAUCCAAUCAAGUUCAGAGGAGAGUACACAGAUGAUCAAAGGGUCCAGGUAGAAAGAGCAGGGUCACCAGUACCCAGCUGUCUGUCUAUGAAGAGUGAUCGUUCAAUGGAACAUCCAAUCAAGUUCAGAGGAGAGUACACAGAUGAUCAAAGGGUCCAGGUAGAAAGAGCAGGGUCACCAGUACUCAGCUGUCUGUCUAUGAAGAGUGAUCGUUCAAUGGAACAUCCAAUCAAGUUCAGAGGAGAGUUCACAGAUGAUCAAAGGUAAUAAAACGGGUUCAAA